UUCGAAGUGUCAUACAGACUCGGUGUUACAGAUAAGUGUCAAAACAAAUAUGGUUCAUGCAUCCAUAUCAAUUGGAUACGCAAAAACCGAAAACAACUAAAUUCUACAAUACCACCGUCGCGUCGAUGGUUUAACGAUGUUGAGAUAUGUGUCGAGACGUAUAAAGGAUACUGUCGAAAGGACUUGUAACGUAUUAGAGGCGAGACGUACCUGGACUUGCGGUAAUGAAGGAGUCAACGGGUACGAUGGCAGUCAGUCAUCGUACGAGCAAAACAAGCAUUUUCGGAGACAUUUGGGACAGCGUUCAUCAAAUUCAGUUUUUGAAUUUGGAUUAGAGCCGAAAGUUCCCGAUGGUAGCAGCGCUGUGAGUAAGGAAACUGGCGGCAGAAAUGUCUGCAAUUUUCUACGUAAAUUUGCUGCUUCCAACGAAUGGGGCUCAAAGUCGUCCGGUAAAGAGGACUUCCGAGAACGAGUCCAUGGUAGACAUCAUUGUAAGGUGCAGAGAAGCUUCGUUGACGCUCUGACAUGGAGCAGUGCAUUGAUUUGUGGAUGGUACGCAUCGCAAUUUCUGUGUAUGAAACGGCGUAAUCUUCAAAAUGGUUGGAAUGGCAAAUGUAAAUAUGCAAAAGUGCUCAUGCAACCGAGCCAAGAGUUCCACAGUACUAUGCUGUCCCAUUGGGUGCGUACGGCACCUGAAAAGUCAAAACAUGGGUACGUUUGGACGUUCAACGAUGACAACAAAUUUGACAGCCGCACCUAUAAAGAGAAAUCCGUUGAACCAGUAAGCAACGAUCACCUGAAGGAUGCAAGCGAAACGAAAGCGAAGGUUGAGGCUCCAAAAACAUUCGACGACGCAGUACAAGGUCUACUGCACAUACUUGGCGACAUCGAAUUUCAAUUGGGCGUUGCUAACAUCCAAUCCGAUCGCUAUGACCUGGCUGUGUCCCAUUUUAAAUUGGCUACCAGCCAUUCGCAUGCAUCAGCUGCCUACAAUCUGGGCGUUUGCUAUGAAGAGGGCAUUGGUAUCGAGAAAAACGCGAAAAUGGCGUUGGAUUGCUAUAUACUGGCAUCGUCUCUGGGUCACAAAAAGGCCCUGUACAACGUUGGUGUCUACCAUGCCCGUGGCCUGGCAGAUUUGCCGAAAAACCGAAAGAUUGCACGGCAGUACUUCAAGGAAGCAGCUAAAUUGGGUCUGGAUGAAGCGGACAAAGCAUUGGGAUCACGAAAACCGGCUCCUGUAGAUAUCGGCGAGCCCAUCAAGCCCAUUGAUGUUCCGAAGUUCACCAACUACCAAUUACAGCAGCUCGUUGUGUCGGUUUGAUUUUGUAGUUGUUUGGUUUACAAGGGAGAAAAAUUUGAUUUUUAAUCGGCUCCAAGCCUUGCCAUCGACCUUGUGCGAUAAACAUCCGUAGAGUUCCAUAUUAUUAUACAUUAUACAUACGUGCAUCACAUACACGACCGUUUUAUUAUUGUUUAGGUUUUCGGGGAAUAUUUUACAAAAAUUGGAAUUACAUUUCAGAAUAAAGAUAGAUGGACGAAUGGAUGA